GGGGGAGAAAUUAUAGCAGGAUUUCAUCUCCUUUCCCCCAGCAGGCUGCUGUCCCGGGAAAGCCCAGAGCCGGCAGCACGGGACCGUGUGCCAAAAAGGAGCUCAGCGUCCAGGAAUGUAAGAGCAGAAAGCGCAGCGGAAGGAUUUGGGGCUGGAAGCCGGGAAUGCCAGGGAAUGAGCUCGCAGGCCUGGAGCUCCCGGUGUUUGGGGUUACGGCUCUGACCGUGGAGUAAUCGCCCUCGGGACUGAACCAGAGCAGCUGGGCACCGUGGAAGCUGUUGAACACCUCUUUGCAGGACUUCUAGCAAGUCACUGGUGGCAGCUGUGAGAUCCCAGCCCCCAGGAAUGAGAAACCUUCAUCCCUGAAGACCUCAGCCUUGGGUUUCACGUUGUGCUGAGCCUCUGCCCUCACCCUGGCCGGCACUGCCCAUGAUGGCGUUGUGUCUCAAGCAAGUCUUCAACAAAGACAAAACGUUUCGUCCUCGAAAGAAGUUUGAGCCGGGCACCCAGCGCUUCGAGCUGUACAAGAAAGCUCAGGCCUCCCUCAAGUCUGGGCUGGACCUGAAGGCAGUGGUGCAGCUGCCUCCCGGCGAGAGCAUCAACGACUGGAUCGCCGUGCACGUGGUGGACUUCUUCAACCGCAUCAACCUCAUCUACGGCACCAUGUCGGAGUACUGCACGGAGAAGAGCUGCCCCAUCAUGUCGGGGGGGCUCAAAUACGAGUACAGGUGGCAGGACGAUAGCAAAUACAAGAAGCCAACCAAGCUGUCGGCCCCGCAGUACAUGUGUAUGCUGAUGGACUGGAUCGAGAUGCUCAUUAACAACGAGGACAUCUUCCCCACCAGGAUAGGUGUUCCCUUCCCCAAGCAGUUCCAGCAAGUUUGCACUAAGAUCCUCACCCGCCUCUUCCGUGUCUUUGUCCAUGUCUACAUCCACCACUUCGACAGCAUCAUCAACAUGGGGGCUGAGGCUCACGUCAACACCUGCUACAAGCACUUUUACUACUUCAUCAGGGAGUUCAGCCUCGUUGACCAUCGGGAGCUGGAGCCUUUGAAAGAAAUGACGGAGCGGAUUUGCCACUGAAGGGUGUUGGCAGGAGAACUCAGCUGGCUCGUUCGGAGCCCGAUGGGACAAAACACCCCGUGGUGGGAGACCUCUUCCCGAGGACUCGCCCUGGGCAUUUCAACUCAAUGAGCUAUGAACGCUGCAGAAGAGCCUCUUCAGGACAGCGCUGAAUCUGAAGCUUGUCAAGCAUUUCUGGACGGAUAACAAUUUUUUUUAAUAGAUCCCAGUCUCUGUUGUAUGGUUCCUGUCUUAGAAAGCCACUGACUUACUGGAGAACGAGGCAAGUUUGGCUGACUUUUGCACACUCUGGCUUCUAAGACUCAACCCCAUGUCUGACAACAACCCUUCAGCCACCUUUCCUCUUGUUCUGUCCUCAGCUACAGUGCUCUCCACAUGUUUUAUUAGUGAUUCCUGCCCCGUGAGCAGGUGUGACCUCACCUACCAAGUAAUGUUACCUUUCCCACAGGCAGUGGGUUUGUGGUAACAUCUGACAUCAGCUCUGAAAAGCUGGUGACCUUUGAGCCCAACUGCCUUCAGGGGGUUGGUUGCCAAUGAACCAUUUUUAGCCAUGACCUAUGAAUGUCUCUCCUCCUGCCCUAAUUCAUGCUUUACCAAAGGGACCAUUUGUCCCCACAAGGGAUUUUUUCACACUUGGCAGAGGGGACUUCAUGAUGUUCUCAGAUGCAUCUAACACUGCUUGGACUAACGGCCAGGUGGCCCCGUGACAGAGGUGGUGAACUAAGCCACUUUUCAGUGUGAUCAGCACAGUCUACCUGAGAAACACUCCGAAGGCAGCGGAAAGACACUGUUGCCAGAAAACAACAUUUUCAACAUGUCAGCAUUUCCUGCCAUCUUGUCUUGGCUCAGGAUCAGCAGAUGCUGGCUGUAGAAAUUGUUUUUCCAUUAUCCAGCCCUACAGCGUAGUAAAUCAGGUGGAGAAGGCCUUUAAGAGGCAUCUAAUCCACCCUGUUCUUCCAAAAAGGCAAGAUCAGUUCUUAAAUCUUUCCGACCUUUUGAAAGCGUACCAUUGCUACCUGCUCCAUGCUGUUACUCCCCAGAAAGGUAUUACAUCUCAAAAUUUCUUCCCCUUUUGCUUGCAAUGCCUGAAAACGAGUGUGGUGCUCCCUGUGCCAUUUUUAGUUUUGACAAGAGUUGACUUUUUUUUUUUUUUUAACUGUAUUUGGGCAGUUAAAAUCAAAUUGUCUGAGCCACAGCAGUGUUAUGUUUGUGUUUCCUGCCUUUUUUUCUGGGAAAGUUUUGUAUUCCAGACACAGCUGAUAUUUAUAAUCUGGGGUUUGCCCAUUUUAGGGGUAGGGAGGGGAUGUGGGUAGAAAAUGUAAAUAUUUAGGCCAACAUCAAGUGCACAAGAGAAUUUUUAGUGCUCAAAGCACUUGUUUUGUUGUGAAAAAUCUAUUUUUUUAAUCUUGUGUACCAGAUGUGUAUUUUUACAUGGAAAUAAACCAGAGCAAUGUGGACACAAAAACACCUGAUACAUCAUUCCAAUAUUUUCUGUGUAAAAUAAUCAGUAAAAGUCCGAACAUUUUUGUUCUGAUACUAAUUAAAGAAACGUUAAUAAGC